AUGGCCAGUCAGCGCAGGAGCCAGCUGCGGACGGGGCGGGUCGGCAUCCACGUCUGGGAGCCCGCGCCCGGGAGGCACCCCGAGGCCACGGGGUGGAGCCUUCGCGGAACGAAUAACCAGUCCGACCAGCUUCACCAGUGCAGAGAAACCCGAGACCACACGUCCGUCCCAUCCGCCCCGUUCACACUGAAUAAGGAAGUCCGGGAGAGGCGUGAGAAGCCCGGCCUCCAGGCGUCCGUGCGGCCCGCAGCCUGCGGCCCGGGCGCCCGUCCCGGGCCGGGCCGCGCCGCCGCGCUCAGAGCCGCUGCCGCACACGCACCCCGGCUGCGCGCCCGGAGGAAGGCGGCCCCGCCCGACGGCCGCGCCGAGCUCCGAGCUGCUCGGCACAGCACCACCCGCCCCCCCCGGCCCCGGCAGCCCCGCAGCCCCGGCCCCGCGUGCCCCGCGCCGCGCCCCGUGAGGAGGGCGGGCUCCGCCGACGGCCCCGGAGGCGGCAGAGCGGGGCAGCCCGGGAACAGCGGGCUCGCUGCGGAGCCGUGCACGGAGCGCGCGGCCCCCGCACAGGCCUUUCCCCGCGCGGGCGCCGGGAGCGGCCCCCGGGCCGAGUCCAGAGCGCGGCGGGAAGCCCGCUCUCGUCCUCCGGGACGCGCCUGUGCGGCCCCGUGCUGUCCCGGCAACCACAGCCCCGCGGGACACCGACGGGCAGCCCCGCCGAGCGUCCGCGAAGGGGACUCGGGCCCCCGCUCGAGGAGCCGGCCGCGGGCGCCCCGACGGCCGGGCUCCCCGCGCUCCUGGCAACGCGGGCGACGACGGCGGCUGAGGGAUCCCGGGCAGCAUAGCUCCCCGCUCGCUUCUGCGGCCCUACUCGGGGCCCUAGACUACACUUCCCAGAUCGCUCCGCGCGUGCCUGCGGCUCUCGCGGGAACGCUGGCCCGGCCCUCUCCUGGCGGGGGGCGGGCUCUCGCGGGGGCCGCCGGGAGGUGUAGUUUGAGGCUGCGAGGCACGCUCCCUGGCACCUGGGCUCGGGCGGCGGAGAGACUACAACUCCCAGGGGGCGCAGUGCGACCGCCUGGAGGGCGGGGGGUACGAAAGAGGAAUCCGAAGGGCACGCGGCCACAGCCGCCAGGGAGGCUGCAAGAUCGAGUCCACCCCUGCCGAGUCACCCCGGCAGGAGAGCCGUUUAUGUGCUUUUCUGGCCAGCGCCCAACCCCCACUGAUGGACCAGGAUGUUACCUGAUGCGUUGCUUGUUCAGAAUCACGGUGACUUCUUUGAAAACAGUUCUUCUAAGGAAAAAUGAGACUUGUGAAAGAACAAAUGACCCUGCGCUCCGGACAUGGGGCUGCAGCGCGCCGUCCUCCUGGCUGGCCUCCUGGUGGAAGUUGCCAGUAGAUCCUCAGGAAGCGCGGUCUCGACUUGACGCUUCGGUUGUUGGUUCAGUCACCGGAAGCUCGCUGGACACCAAGUGCUGUCUGUACGGUGUGGCCACGCAGCCUCACCUCGCUCAGGGUCAGUGGGGUGCAGUCACCGGCCGCCGAGUACAAGAGGCCCGAGGCCCGGGUGUUGGGGGCCAGCAGCCCGCGUGUUGUGUGGACGUGGUGGACACCAAUGCCACCUGCCCAGGCACUAGCCUCUGUGGCCCAGGCUGCUACGGGCGCCGGGCCGAGGACGGCACUGUCAGCUGCGUGCGCUGCAGGAACGGAACCCACAACAGCUCUGAGUGCAGAGGCCCCACUGGCCGGGGCGCACCGUUCCCCGUGAACCGGAGCACAGGGAUGCCUGCGCGGCCGAGCUCUGGGGGCCCUCAGGUGGCAGCCUCCCUCUUCCUGGGGACGUUUCUCAUCAGCUCGGGCCUCAUCCUCUCUGUGGCUGCGUUCUUCUACCUCAAGCGUGCCAGUAAGCUGCCCGACGUCUUCUAUGGGAGAAACAAAGCCCCAGCCCUGCAGCCUGGCGAAGCUGCUGCGAUGAUUCCCCCGCCGCCGUCCUCAGUGCGGAAGCCGCGCUACGUCCGGCGCGAGCGGCCCUCGGACAGGGACGUGGGCCCCCCUGCCGUCUCCUCCCUGGAGGCCCGGGUGAGCAACGUCUGACCCCGAGGCCCGCCUGCAGCCCCGUGUGCCGCCAAGGAGGGGGCCACGCACGAAGGCCGGGCGCUGCCCAGCGAGUCCUUGGGACGCAGCCCUGGCUUGGCUGGUCUGUCUCCGGCCACACAUGCGGAGGAGCCAGCUGCCCGCGGGCCUUCCUCACGGCACGCGGCCACUCAGGGUGACCAGUGACACUGAGUGAUGGUCAUCACACAGAUGCCCCAGAAUGUGGGCAUCACUCCAGCCUCCGUCCCUGAGCCGGGCUGCGGAGCCAGGCCAUGUGGGGUCCAGGCCCCUUGGGAGAGAGCCUGUAGGACCCCGGGUGCUCCUCUGCCCUGGAGCCCGUGGCGGGCAGACCCCUGCACCCCCUGUGAGAGCAGUGAGGCCGAGGCCUUCGGAGGGUCCAGCUGUGUCCACACAGGGGCAGGACGGGGCCUGGGAACCGGUCCCCAGGGUCAGGUGCCUGCAGGGCUUUGCUGCAAGAGUGAGUGGUCUGGUCUCCUGCUGACUCUUGUCUGUGUUUAAGCAGAAAUGCAUUUUGUACAGACGUCUGAGAGGCAGGCUGUCCUCGCCUGCGCCCCUCCUGGGCCCCGGGCACGGCAGAGCCUCGUCCACCUGGGGACGGACACUGGCCUGAAGCUGCUGGAGGUCAAAGCCCCCAGGCACGUGUCCACCCAGGGCCACAUGUGCCUGUGACUGCCGCCUGGACAGGCUGGCUGCGCCAGACCUGCCACGGGCUGUGCGGUCCGGCAGUCCCGGCCCUCUGCCCCAGCCCUGAGGCUGCAGCCUGCGUUCCCGGCCUCAGCUGGCUGUGGAGGGACAGCUGUGAGUUCCUGUGGAGACGGGAGCGUCGGGGUGCCUGCCGCACACAGGCAGGUGCGGCCUGGCCUCCCCAGAGCCUCCGCGGGGACUGAUGUUUUCUCCUUUGGCGUCUGGCCCGUGUCCGCGGGGCCCAAGGCAGGGGCCCCGCAGGGCCAGCCCCCCACGUUCUGCACUGUGGUUCCCGCUGGAGUGUUUGCGGUUUACGGACACGAGCUCAGUCACCAGGACGUGAACGGAGGACUGGCCAGCUGCUGAGAGGGCGGCCACCUGAAAUCAGCGUCAAUAAACCACUCGGGCCUUUCUCGCCACCCGUUCCUCCGCGAGGGUGAAGCCGCGCUGGGGAGCGGGAGGCAGCCCUCAGCCGGGACCAGGACCGCCGCCCCGCAGACAGCCCCCAGGCCUCAGGACCUUAGCCCAGGAGAGGGGGGCUUGUCCCAAGCUGCCUCACGCAAGCAGGACUCCCCAGUGGUCCCCCCGCUGUCAGGACUGAGAUGGCAAGCAGUGUGGCUGCCUCUCAGGGAGGCUUUUCUGUAACGUGACCAGGCCCACGGGGGGUGUGGGGUCACGGGUGACCGCGGGCCCCGUGCGGACAGGACGCCUAUGGGGCCUCUCGGGGCGGCCGCUGUGGUGCCCAGCUCAGGGCCCCCGGGAGGAAGCUGCAUGCGGGCAGAGAGUGCAGACGGGCGGCACCUUGGGGAGGCGGGGUCCCGAGGGUGGGUGGCCCUUGGAGGGGCUGGCGGGCACGGGGCCUUUGCUGACGGCAGCGGGCUUCCCAGCCAGAGCCACCAGGACAGAGCUGGCGCGGGGCAGGGCGCCUGGGCUUCCCAUUCUGAGGUCUGCAGCCAUCGGGGCACCUGGCGGGGGGCGAGGGGGGCGGGCAGGGGUGUCUGCGUGGCCCUGGGCCUGGGGGCUGUUGGAGCCGCGUCAGCACAGCAAGGGCUGCAGGGAGGCUGCACCCUCUGUCCUGGGGACCGCUGCCCAGGAACCGCCCGCCUCCACCGCCGGCAGCCUUGAGGGGCCGAGAGUUCCUGCGGGCCUGAGAUGACCCUCAGCUUCCCUGGGACGCCCCCGGAGCCGCCGCUCCUCUCCUGUCCCUCCCUCCACUGCCUGUAGCCCCCAGCCUCAGCCCUGCCCCACCCCCGGCAGCAGAACUCAGCUCUGAAUUGGGCCCUGUAGCCCUCUGGUCCCCACCCUUGAGAUACGUCCCCUGACCUU